ACAGGAGCGCAGCAGCAGCAGAAGAAGGAGCAGAAGAGGAAGCAGCAGCAGCUGAGCGUUAGAGAGGAGAUGAAGAGGAGGCUCCACAAGAAGUACCUGCUGUUGAUCCUGAUGUACUCAGGUCUGCUGCUGCUGAUCCCCUACGUGUUGGACUACCGGGAUAAAUCCGGUGUGCGCGGUAACAACCUGCUGCAGCAGCAGUCCAGAUGUCCGGAGCUGCAGGACGCGGUGGCGCAGCUCUGGGACCAUCAUCAUCAACAUCAUCUUCAUCAUGUUAACGGUACCGAGGAGGAGCAGCAGCAGCACGCGGUGAACCGGAGCCGGACCCGGGUGAACAUCUACCUGCACGCCACCUGGAGGACAGGAUCCUCGUUCCUGGGCGAGCUGUUCAACCAGCAUCCAGGUGUGUUCUACCUGUACGAGCCCAUGUGGCACAUCUGGCAGGCUCUGUAUCCGGGUGAUGCGGGCAGCCUGCAGGGCGCCGUGCGCGACAUGAUGAGCGCGCUCUACAGGUGCGACUUCUCCGUGCUCAAACUGUACUCCGGUCCGAACCAGAACCUCACCACCGCCUUCAUGUUCGGCUGGAAGAUGAACAAGGUGAUCUGCUCCGAGCCGCUGUGCGACGCUCACCUGCGUCACCAGGUGGGUCUGGUGCGCGAGGAUCUGUGCGCAAAGUGCCCGAAGAGAGACAUCAGGGAGCUGGAGAGGGAGUGCAUGAAGUACCCGGUGAUGGUAAUCAAAGGAGUCCGGGUUCUGGACCUGAGCACGCUGGUUCCGUUGAUGAAAGACCCGGAGGUGAACCUGCAGGUCAUCCAGCUGUUCAGGGACCCGAGGGCCGUGCACAACUCCCGGCUGAAGUCCAAGCAGGCUCUGGUGAAGGAGAGCAUCCAGGUUCUGAGGAGCAAGAAGCAGACUGAUAAAUACAAGAGGCUGCUGGUUCCAAGCAGCCGGGUGAACCGGGCCGAGAGCUACGUGUCCAGCGCCAUGGAGCUCAUCUGUGAGAACUGGCUGAGCGACCUGCUGCUGGUUCUGAACGCUCCUCCAUGGGUCCGGAGGAGCUACAUGAGAGUCCGCUACGAGGACCUGGUCCUGAGGCCUCUGGAGGAGCUGCAGAGACUCUUCAACUUCUCCAACCUGUCCAGCUUCCCGGAUCUGGACCGGUUCGCUCUGAACAUGACGCACGGUCAGGGCUACUCCUCGGACCGGCCGUUCCUCAUCUCAUCCAGGGAUGCCAAGGAGGCGAUCUACGCCUGGAGGGAGAGACUCAGCGUGGAGCAGAUCCAGCAGGUGGAGGCCUACUGCAGCGAGGUCAUGAGGCAGCUGGGCUACGAGAAGAACCAGAAGAACAGCCCGGACAAGACCUCCUGAGGACGGUGGGCCAGGAGGAACCAGGAGGAACCAGGAGGGGCCUGGUAUUCACCGCUGAGGGCUAAAGGUGGAAUAAGAAAACAAGCAGCAGGAAUGUGGUCCACUGGGAGCUCCUGAGCUCGGCUGUCGGCUUGUUUUCCUCCGGCCGAGGCGGCUCGAUGAACUGGAGAAAAUCCAAGUGGAAAGUGCAGCCAAUCACAGACAGAUGCAUUUGAAACGGGGAGCUUAUGUUUUUUUUUUACAGUGAGAUAGGGCGAGAAUGUGGGAGACAUAAACACUGGCCAGCCUCGACCCCUUCUCUCCUUUUUAGUAGCACUAAUCCCUCCUCAGACCCCCCCACCGCAGGCGACGUCGUCCUUCUUGGGAGACGACUGCCAGGAUCCAGAGCGGCGGCGUCGGCGGUGGCGGGGUCGCUCUCACCUGCGUGGCUUCUUAUCCGUCCAGCCUAUCUGCAAACUAAGAGAGCGUUAAGUGCAGUUGGCUCACUAACAAUGGCAGCGUAGAGCUUUGAAAGGAGAAACGACAGUAUUUAGUGGAGUAGAGGCCGGACUGAGGAGCUGUUGUUCACCCCCGGCCCCCUCAGGAAUCCAGACAGCUGCAGCGCCCCGCUGACAAAACACUCACAUGGGUGUGAAAUUUUCUAAUAUCCCACCAACGGACGUUUACGGAGAGCCCGUCCUCCACCAGCAGACGGUACUGAUUCAUACUGUAAACCUUUCUCACUGUUUUAUAGUUCUUAUCUAAAAUGCUGUGACGACGACGACCCUUUCUGGCGUAGGACGAGGGGUCAAAGUUCACCAGCAUCCACGUGUUCAACUUUAGAAGUUGGUUCUGUAAUAAUGUUCUGGGUGUGAAAACCUGGAGAGAGAAAUAACUUUAUUUCAACUGACCUCAAUAAAGAGAUAGUAAAAACUA